UCGCUCUCCCUCAAGAGAGUUUCACUCCACAAAACGCCGAAAAAAAUCAAAACGAUAAGAGAUGAUUUGCGUUAGAGCUCGACCGCUAUUUUCCUCGCCGUUUUCUCUCGCUAUCUCAUCAACCAAACAGCCCCCAAUUCAUCUCCGCCGUAUCCCUCUCUCCUCCUCCUCACCACGCCGUCUCUUCUCCGCCGUCGCAAUGUCUUCUUCUUCGCCUCCUCAGAAUCAGAUCGUCGAACACAUCGUCCUUUUCAAAGUCAAAGAAGACACAGACUCCUCCAAAAUCAGCUCAAUGAUGAACGGCCUCAACAAUCUCGUCUCCCUCCCGCGGGUUCUUCACAUCUCCGCCGCUCCUCUCCACCGUGUCAGAUCCUCCGUCUCCGCCUUCACUCACGUCCUCCACAGCCGUUACGGAUCCAAGGAAGAUCUCGCCGACUACGCCGCGCAUCCCGAUCACGUCCGCGUCGUCAAGGAAUUUGUGUUACCGAUCUGCGAUGACGUCAUGGCUGUUGAUUGGAUCGCACAUCAAGUCCCCGGAACCCUAGCUCCGCCUCCUGGCUCCGUCGCCAAAAUCACUUUCCUCAAAGUUAAAGAGAAUCUCUCCGACGAGGCGAAAUCGGAGAUUCUGGAUUUGAUCAAGGGGCUUGACGAGAAGUUUCCAGGGAUUGGUCAGAUCACUGUUGGGGAAAACUUCUCUCCGGCGAGAGCGAAAGGUUUCUCGAUUGCAUCGAUUGCGUAUUUUAAGGAUCUAGCUGAAUUGGAAUCUGUGGAUUCUCAGACUGAGUUGGUGAAUUCGCAGAAAGAAAAGGUUCGUGAUUAUCUCGAUUCCACCAUUGUUGUUGAGUUCGUGGUGCCUGCUUGCUUGGUUUCUGGAUUGUAGAUUGUAGAAGACGAAACAAAUGAGUCUAAAGUCUCAGUUUUAAAUAAAAGUCUCAGUUUUUACAAUCUCUUGUGUUACCUUCUUUGUUAUUCUUUGAAGAUUUUUAGAAAUGAAUUGUCUUUGUUUAUUGAGAAGGGUUUUGCUUGUG